CGCGGCGGCGUGAGCCGGGGCGCGGCGAGCGGCUUGUCCGAGGCGCGCGCCGCGCUGGGGCUGGCGUUCUACCUGCUAGCUCUGCGGGCGCUCGUGCAGCUCUCGCUGCAACAGCUCGUGCUGCGCGGGGCCGCUGGUCACCGCGGGGAGUUCGACGCUAGCCAAGCCAGGGAUUAUCUUGAACAUAUAACAUCCAUUGGCCCCAGGACUACAGGAAGUCCAGAAAAUGAAAUUCUGGCCGUGCGCUACCUUUUGGAACAGAUUAAACUGAUUGAAGUUCAAAGCAACAGCCUUCACAAGAUUUCAGUAGAUGUUCAACGGCCUACCGGGUCCUUUAGCAUUGAUUUCUUGGGAGGUUUUACAAGCUACUAUGACAAUAUCACUAAUGUUGUGGUAAAGCUGGAACCUAGAGAUGGAGCCCAGCAUGCUGUUCUGGCGAACUGUCAUUUUGACUCAGUUGCAAACUCACCAGGUGCCAGUGAUGACGCAGUUAGCUGCUCAGUGAUGCUGGAAGUCCUUCGAGUCUUAUCAACAUCUUCAGAAGCUCUACAUCAUGCCAUCAUAUUUCUCUUUAAUGGCGCUGAGGAAAAUGUUUUGCAAGCCAGCCAUGGUUUCAUUACUCAGCACCACUGGGCCAGCUUAAUUCGUGCAUUUAUUAACCUAGAGGGAGAAGGUGUAGGAGGCAAAGAACUUGUGUUCCAAGCAGGUCCUGAAAAUCCUUGGUUGGUUCAAGCUUACGUUUCAGCAGCUAAACAUCCUUUUGCUUCUGUGGUGGCUCAGGAGGUUUUUCAGAGUGGAAUCAUUCCUUCAGAUACUGACUUCCGGAUCUACAGGGAUUUUGGAAACAUUCCAGGAAUAGACUUAGCAUUUAUUGAGAAUGGAUACAUUUAUCAUACCAAGUAUGACACUGCAGACAGAAUUCUAACAGAUUCCAUUCAGAGAGCAGGUGACAACAUUUUAGCAGUUCUUAAAUAUUUAGCUACAUCUGAUAUGCUGGCUUCUUCUUCUAAGUAUCGACAUGGACACAUGGUCUUCUUUGAUGUGCUUGGCCUGUUCGUCAUUGCUUACCCCUCUCGUGUUGGGUCAAUAAUAAACUGCAUGGUGGUCAUGGCUGUUGUUUUUUAUCUGGGCAGGAAAUUAUUACAGCCCAGACAUAAGACUGCUAACUACUCAAAGGACUUCUUGUGUGGACUUGGCAUCACUCUGAUUAGCUGGUUCACUAGCCUUGUUACUGUCCUCAUUAUAGCAGUGUUCAUCUCACUGAUUGGACAGUCUCUCUCAUGGUAUAACCACUUCUAUGUCUCCGUUUGUCUGUAUGGAACUGCAGCUGUAGCCAAGAUAAUAUUCAUCCAUACCCUUGCAAAAAGAUUUUACUAUGUGAAUACCAGUGGCCAGUAUCUGGGAGAAGUAUUUUUUGACAUCUCGCUGUUUGUACAUUGUAGUUUUCUUGUAACUCUCACUUACCAAGGACUCUGCUCAGCAUUUAUUAGUGCUAUCUGGGUAGCAUUUCCAUUGCUCACAAAAUUUUGCGUGCACAAGGACUUUAAGCAGCAUGGUGCCCAAGGAAAAUUUAUGGCCUAUUACCUUUUGGGGAUGUUUAUUCCUUAUCUUUAUGCACUGUACCUCAUCUGGGCGGUAUUUGAGAUGUUCACCCCCAUCCUGGGGAGGAGCGGUUCGGAAAUCCCACCUGAUGUUGUCCUGGCAUCCAUUUUGGCCGGUUGUGUGAUGAUUCUCUCUUCCUAUUUUAUUAACUUCAUCUACCUUGCCAAAAGUACAAGAAAAACCUUGUUAGCUUUAACUUUGGUAUGUACAGUUACAUUCCUCCUUGUUUGCAGUGGAACUUUUUUCCCAUACAGCUCCAAUCCUGCUAAUCCUAAGCCAAAGAGAGUGUUUCUUCAGCAUAUGACUAGAACAUUUCAUGACUUGGAAGGAAAUGUAGUUAAGCGUGACUCUGGAAUAUGGAUCAAUGGUUUCGAUUAUACUGGAAUGUCUCACAUAACACCUCACAUUCCCGAGAUCAAUGAUACCAUUCGAGCUCACUGUGAGGAGAAUGCACCCCUUUGUGGUUUUCCGUGGUAUCUUCCGGUACAUUUUCUGAUCAGGAAAAACUGGUAUCUUCCUGCCCCAGAAGUUUCUCCAAGAAAUCCUGCUGAUUUCAGACUUAUAUCCAAAGAACAAACACCUUGGGAUUCUGUAAAGCUAACCUUUGAAGCAACGGGACCCAGCCAUAUGUCAUUCUACGUUCGAGCCCUCAAAGGUUCAACACUUUCUCAGUGGUCUCUUGGCAAUGGUACCCCAGUCACAAGUAAAGGAGGGGACUACUUUGUAUUUUACUCCCAUGGACUUCAGGCUUCUGCAUGGCAGUUCUGGAUAGAAGUGCAGGUCUCAGAAGAACAGCCUGAAGGAAUGGUCUCUGUGGGCAUUGCUGCUCACUAUCUAUCUGGGGAAGACAAGAGAUCCACCCAGCUGGAUGCUCUGAAGGAGAAGUUCCCAGAUUGGACCUUUCCCUCUGCCUGGGUGUGCACCUACAAGCUCUUUGUCUUUUAAUCUUGUGGAUGAGCUCUAAGUAUAUGUCCAGUGGAUACUCCAUGUGACAUGGUUUCUCCAUGUUGUGUGGAUGUUUGUAAAGUAAGUCAAUGAAUUUUAAUGAGUAUAUAUUCAAAGAACUUUUUGGGUUAACACUCUUCAGCACCAAGCCUCCAAGGGUUAGGCUGUGAGGCAGUUGUGCAUGGCCUUUUUGACACUUGAAAAUGCCAGUUUUCUGGCACUUAAGCACAUGUGGGUACUGCCACUACACACAUAGGUCAUUUUAUAUGACCUUAAGGACAAAAGCCAACAAACCAGUAACUGCUCUCUAGGAUCAUGAAAGUUGUACAAUGUCAGACCAUUGUUAAUGAGUUAAAAGUCACUUCCAAUUAAAGCCCAUUGGCUGGGUGAGUGAAUGGGGGGUAGAGUGUCAUUCACUAGGGUAAGGAUUCCCCUUGAGCCUUCUCGAGAUCAUUGGAGAAUGACUGCCAUAAGCACUGUGGUAGAAGCAUUGGGCUUCUGGGGCUCCAAUCUGUGCCGGGAGUUGUUUGUUCAGGCUGUCUAAUCUCUAGGAUGUGCUCUGUACAAAAGUCUGGACUCCUCACGUAGGGCCCUAGAGUGCAUUGGUGACUCAGUCUGUCCCGGCAGUGGACAUUGGGCUUUCCUGAGGUGGUUUUCAAGGCCUUUCCUCUGAAACAUAUCUGCUCUCCUGCUCCAAUUUACCAGAGUGAGAAGGGGAAGCAUUUGUCCAGCUACCUUUCCUUCUGGGUUUCCACAGUUUUUUGUUUUGUUUUGUUUUUUUAUUCAGAAUAUUGUUUGUACAAGUACAUGACCUUAACUUCCUUCCUCAGAGCACUGAGUUGCCACUGUGGCUAUUCUGGGGUGGAAGGAGAAUGGGUGGGGGGCCAGUAUUUUAUAAAUAUUUAUUCUGUUUUCAUAGGAGUCCUCUGUUUUGCUAGGUUAAUUCUGUAGGAAUAAUUUUUAUUGAUGCACUGGGUCCACCUUUUUGUUUUCCAACUUGAUUAGUUGCUUGGUAACUCACUGUAUACAGCAGGGCUGGCUUUCUUGAGACUUAAAGUAGCUUAUUCUGAGAUCACUGUAUCUGUAGCUGUUGGAAUUCAAAUCCUGCAUUAAUAGCACUAGGACUUAAUGGUGUCUUUCAAAGAUAGGCACAUAGCUUGCAAGGUUUAUGGUAAUGGUGCACAGUAAUUGCAUCACAGGAGGAAAACUUGCUUGAAGCUGCCUGUGUGAUGUGUACAAUGUGUUUUAAUCAUGCUCCUCAUACUAAUUCAUAGUAACUAAUUUGUGACUUACUAAAAACUAACCAGGCCCAUGCAGCAGGGCUGUAGCCAGAGCCAAACGACAACAUGCUGGCUGUCAUAUACGCAUUGGCACUAAACACUGGAGGCGUUGCUUUUCCUAGACUUCAUAGAAAUCACUCUUAAGUACUUCAAGUGCUGGCUUUUACUACGUUUAUCUGUCAGGUAAUCCAUAAGAUUUGCAGGAUUUACAGCUUUUACAGAACUGAAGCUGUGAAGAAAAACUAGCGGUAAUAGUAGCUUCACUGAAUUUCAAAAUAUGUAUUUUUCUGUCCCUGUGGUUAAUCUGAAAAAGACUGCAAAAUCCCAUUUUGAGGACAUUGUAUGAAAAAUAGAUUGCUCCUUGGGAUUUUAUUUUCCUUUGGGAAGGAUACUGUUAUCCUCAAUAAUCAUGGUUUGCCUUUUAGUUUUGGGUUAUUUUCCCGUGCAAACAAUUCUCUUUCAUUUUGAUUUUCUUUACCAUUAUUAAGCUUGCAAACUGUGCAAGGGCAGAAACAAGAUGCUUACUAUUCUCAGGGCAUGCUUAAUUUUCUGGGAGAUUGUUUUAAUGCCAGAAAUUGUCAGUUACAUGCAGUAUUCAUGGCUCUGUUAAUAAGUACACUGUCACAUCAGUAGCUGUGAGAUUAAACUUUUUCUUUAAGAGUAUCUGAUCAUUUGAGUAACUUAUUUCUAAAAGUCUAACGAACUCAACAAUGCAUUUUUUUUUAUAGAACUUUAAAUGUAAGUAGCACAGAUACUGCAUAAUCAGGGAAAAUAUGAAGAACUGUGAUUUCAAAGUAGUUCUUUCCUCUGUUUGACCUAAGAAUGAUUGUUGCAUGAAGUGUUUCUGUUUUCACAGUUUAGCAGAUAUAAAUAAGCACGAUAAGAUUCCUUAAGCUGUUACCACCGAGGGGGCCACAAGCCAGCCUGCUGACUCAGGAAGCUGUAGGAAGAAUGAUUGUGUCUGUCUGUGUCUUUUUGCUGGUUUGCUGACUUGUUGACAAAUAACUGUUGCCUUACAAUGUUACUGAAAUAAACUUUUUUUUAACAUA